GGUUUAGACCUUCAUUACCUAAACCCCGAAAGGCAUCUCUCACAUGGCACUGUUUUCGAACACCCCAACGCUCGAGAAUUAAAAAUAAAAUAUAGCAAAAAGCUUAAAGUAGCUUGACCUCCGAUCAUCCCCUCUGGCGCACGUUAGAUGCCACCACCGUCCACCUCUAUCCAAUGAUCCCUCUCACCCUCACUUCACCGUCAUCAGCUUCCCUCUCACUGAAACCCCGUUGUUUUCCUUCCCUCAGACCUGUACUUACAACAUCAAGAUAUAACCAACUCAAAAAACUCAAACAGAGGAGAUUGAGGGAUGGCAAGUGCAGGGCGGAGUUAUCGGCCGACGCGCCGGUGGCUAUGGCAAUCGGUGCUUGCAUUCUCAACUCGCUAAUUUUUCCGAUGGCUCCAUCACCGGAGGAUAUUGAAGCUGAAUCUUUGAUUGAUUCGGCCGACGCGAGGUUUGCCGUUAUGGGAGUCAUUAGCUUCAUUCCUUAUUUCAAUUGGAUGAGUUGGGUGUUUGCUUGGUUGGAUACGGGGAAGCGGCGUUAUGCUGUUUAUGCUAUUGUCUAUUUGGCUCCUUACUUGAGGUCAAAUCUAUCAAUAUCUCCUGAGGAGAGCUGGCUGCCUAUUGCUAGCAUUCUCCUUUGCAUCUUUCACAUACAGCUGGAAGCAAGUAUUAAAAAUGGAGAUAUUCAGGGCUUUCAACUAUUUAAUGAUGCUGCAAAGCGUCUCUCGUCAUUGAAGAAGAGUAAUAGAAUGUCUGAUGAGAGGGAGGAAAGAAAGGAUUUCCACAAUUUGCCAUCCCCACGAGAACAUUAUAGAAAUGAAAUACGGGAUUGGGCUGCUCCACAUAAACCUCAACAAGAUCAUGAAAUCUUGGACGAAGAUGAAGAAGUUAAUGGAGGUUCGAAGCAUUAGCCGUCUUAAAGCUUAACUACAGCGUAAUGUUGUUGGUUUUCUGUCGAUGAAUGAUGAAUAUGUGCUUUUGUAUCAUUUUCUCGGCGUGCAAGCAGUGCAGAACUAACCGAAUGUAUUCGAGAGUACUUUUUGCUUGCUUUGAUUAGUGUAUUAUGGCUGUAGACUGCUGCCAGUUGAAAGUCAGUUACUGAAAAAUGAUCUAUCAUAACAUAGUUUGGGAAUGAGAAGUUUCCUUGUUCCUCUCUCUCCACUCAA